UACCUGCAGACAGACACACAUACAAAUUAAUAAAAAUAAAAUAAGUCCCUAAAAAAAUCAAAACAAAACCUGAGAUCAGUAAUAGUAGGAUAAAGGCAUGAGAUAAAGUCAAGAAUAAAUGCUCUUGUAAUAAUACCAGUGGUAUGAGUCAGUAUAUAAGUGGCUUGUCAUUAUAGCCCUCUGCACUUAACAGACAUUUGGUUUUAGUGUGUACUUACUGUGUUUAGACAUAAAGAUUUUGCUGAAAUAUAACUAAAAGACCCAAAAGUCUAAAGUCUUCAGAUCAUAAUGUAAUGCUCCAUUAUUUCAUAUAUUGAUUCAUAACUUGAGCACAUUUCAGCUCUAACAGUUAGCAUUUUCUUUCUUUUUUCUUUUCUUGUUUUUGUUUUUUGCCUUUUUGUUUCUGGGUUUUUUGUUUGUUUUUUUUAAAUUUAUUUAUUUCAUGUAUAUGAGUACACUGUCACUGUUUCAGAUACACCAGAAGAGGGCAUCAGAUCCCAUUACAGAUGGUUGUGAGCCACCAUGUGGUUGCUGGGAACUGAACUCAGGACCUCUGGAAGAGCAGUCAGUGCUCUUAACCUCUGAGCCAUCUCUCCAGCCCUGUUUCUGGUUUUUUAAGUCAGGGUUUUUCUCUGUAGCUCUUGCUGUCCUGGAACUCACUCUGUACACCAGGUGGCCUUGAACUCACAGAGAUCCACUGCCUUUGCCUCCCAAGUUCUAGAUAGAAGGUGAACACCACCACUACCUGACUAGCAGCAUUUCCUAUCUCUUUUAAUUUAAUCAUAUUAUUUAUAUUCUCUCAGCUUAUUUUCCUAUACGGGUUAUACUAACCUACCAGUAGAAAUUUUUAGGACUAUGUGAAUUAAUUUAGAUAAAGCACCUAGCAGUAUAUUUGGAAUAUGACACAAAUUCAGCAGAAAUUAAGUAUCAUUCUGUAAAAGGAAUUAAUCCUAUUAAAUGAUUAUUAUCCUUUUAUAUUGUUUGGGAGUGUGUACACAUGCAUUUACUUUUAUAUUACAUAUUGUGCAAAUACAUAUGGUGCUGGAAUUAGACCCAGGACACAGUCUAUUACUUAGCAAUUAGUUAAUUAAUAGAUUUUUUUCUUUAAAAAAAAAGGUAUUGCAAAUUUGGUCCUACGUGAUUUAAAGAGUUUUCAAGAUCUUCAAAGAAGAUAUUUUGAUAUUGAAAACCAUCUCUAUUAAAGGCCAUUAAUAAUUUCAUAGCGAAUAUCAAGGAGUCACUGUAAUGUUGUGUUUUGUUUAGUGAGUUGUAUAAAGUGUAAUGAACAGUUGAUCCUUGUCCUCAAAUAGGUAAUGACCUCUUGGGAAAGGUCAUAACUAAAGUUGUGUAACCUAGGACUAGAUUAGUAAAGGGAUAGUUGGGCCAGUAGAUAAUUAGGAAGAACUUUCUAAAGUAAACAAACUUCUCUAACUUUUUUGAACUGCAGUAGAAAGAUUAAAAAGUAGACUUUUUCUUGAGAUGCCUCUUUGGCUGCUCCUGAUAAUAAGAACUUGUGAGUGGGAUGCAAGGGAAACUGAACUCUAGUUCAUCUGUAGAGAAACAAGGGCCAAGUUUCCAAACUGAAUACAUUUGUCAUAAAACAUUCUGAGUGCUACCUCACUCUAGCUGGAAACAAUGUUCACUUUUGAUUAUGACUAGGGAAAUACUGGUCAGCUUAAUGAAUUCAAGAUCAGCUCAACUCUAAAAAAAGAAUGGCACUUUUGUUUGGGCACUUGACAUAACGGCCAUUUUUUUUUUUUUUUUCGGAGCUGAGGACCGAACCCAGGGCCUUGCGCUUGCUAGGCAAGCGGUCUACCACUGAACUAAAUCUCCAACCCCCAUUUUUAUUCUUUCUUUCUGAACUGGAACCUCUAACCUUCACUGGCCCAGUUACAGAAUGAAUAUUUUAAAGCUGCUGCCACUAAAACUGACAAAUGGUAAUAUAGUUUGGAUGCUUCAAAAUACAGGUAAUAUUCCUGAUGUUUGAGACUCAUUGAUUUCUCCGCCACACAGGAGAAAAAGUUAUACCUUGUGAUUAUUAACAUGAACAUGCCCCACCCUCCUAAAGUUUACUUCUUUCUACAACAUUCAGCUAAACUGUGAGAUUUAGGAAUUUGUUGUUUUGAGGUAGGAUCUCACUAUGUACCCCAGGCUGGCCUGGAACUUGAAUUCUAACCCCCUCAGCCUCUGAGUACUGUGUGCACAGGUUUGUGCCUUUGUGCCUAGCUUGAGGUUUUGUUUUUGUUUUUAAUGUUCUGUUCAUUAUUAGUUAUCGAAGUCUCUGAAAUACCUUUUUCUAUUUUUUGCUUGUUUCUUAAUAGUAUUUUCAUUUCUUUCUAGGCCCUUGUGGUCCCAAACCUGUAAUGCCUCCAUAGAUAUUAAUCUGUUCUACUUAACAAAGUUAUUUAUAUUGUGAACCUAACACUGUAGGCUUAACUACUGCACACUGAGCCUUCCUGUGUGUUGGUAUUAGGUGAUAAUAGUCUGCACCACUUUGAAUAGAAGAGAAAUAGGAUGUGGAUGUUGCUGCCUAAUGCCAGGGAAUUCAAACAGGAAGGAAGUAUUUGAUGAAGCAGUGUGAGUGUUAUAUAUAGAAGUACUGUGCUGAGGGCCUUAGAGACAACUCUUUUCUCAAAGUGGACAGACAAGGGCCUCUCAGAACUAGAGAGCUAGGCUGACUAGAAUGCAGUGUUCUAGAAUAGUGUAAUGUGUGAGGAGCUUAGAGCAAGUAGAUGCAUUGCGUAUCCGUCACAGAGGAAUAAGAAUAACAUCUGGACUCUUGAUACUCUGUGAAAAAUUAAGAUGAUGAAUUUUGUGCUUCAAAAUCUAGAUUGAGAUGCUAGGCAUAAUGAUGUAAGCACGUCUUUAAUGCCAGUGCUCAGGAGGCAAAGGUAGGUGAAUCUCUGAGUUCUAGACCAGCCUGGGCUACAUAGAGAGACCUCGCCUCAAAAAAAGAAAAUCUAGAUUUGACCAGGAAAAGUUGGUUGUCUUACUUGACUAUGUGGAACUGUUGACUAUACAAAAUUCAGCUUGGAUUUCCUAACAUAAAGAGUUUAUAGAGUUGGGGAUUUAGCUCAGUGGUAGAGCGCUUGCCUAGCAAGCGCAAGGCCCUGGGUCGGUCCCCAGCUCCGGGAAAAAAAAAAAAAGAGUUUAUAGAACUGUUUCUCAAAGACAGAGUUGAUAUACCUAUUGUCCCCAGCUCCGGGGGGUGGGGUGGGGGGAGUUUAUAGAACUGUUUCUCAAAGACAGAGUUGAUAUACCUAUUGACCUGAUAGAAGAUGGGUUUAUAAAAGGAGAGUACCAGUUACUUUUAGUGGAUAGUAGACUAGAAUUAUGGUGUAGGUUUGGCUAAUUCAUCCUUCCCAUUUUUCACAGUGUUGUGGAUUGAACCCAGGGUUUCACAUGUGGCGAGGUCUGCCAAAAUGUCUGAAAGAUCAGAUCUCCUUCACUUCAAGUUUGAAAAUUAUGGAGAUUCAAUGUUACAAAAAAUGAACAAAUUAAGAGAAGAGAAUAAAUUUUGUGAUGUUACAGUUCUCAUAGAUGAUGUUGAGGUGCAGGGGCAUAAAAUUGUUUUUGCUGCAGGUUCCCCCUUCUUAAGAGACCAAUUUUUACUGAAUGAUUCCCGAGAGGUGAAAAUCUCCAUAUUACAGAGUUCUGAAGUGGGGAGACAAUUACUCUUAUCCUGUUAUAGUGGUGUGCUGGAAUUCCCUGAGAUGGAACUGGUAAAUUACUUGACUGCUGCAAGUUUUCUUCAGAUGAGCCACAUUGUAGAACGGUGCACACAGGCGCUGUGGAAGUUUAUAAAGCCAAAACAACCAAUGGAUAGUAAAGAGGGAUCUGAACCACAGAGUGCUUCUCCCCAGUCGAAAGAACAGCAGGGAGAUGCCAGAGGCUCUCCCAAACAGGACUUACCUUGUAUUCAUCCAUCUGAAGACAGUAUGGAUAUGGAGGACAGUGAUAUUCAGAUUGUUAAGGUAGAAUCUAUUGGGGAUGUAUCAGAGGAUAGAAGUAAAAAAGAUCAGAACCAGUACAUUUCUUCUGAACCCACUGCUUUACAUUCAUCAGAGCCCCAGCACUCCCUGAUAAACUCAACUGUGGAAAACAGAGUUAAUGAACUAGACCAGAGCCAUCUCCACAAUUACGCCCUCUCUUACACAGGCAAUGAUGACAUCAUCAUGACCUCAAAAGAUGUCUUUGGGCCUAAUAUUCGAGGUGUAGACAAAGGCUUACAGUGGCAUCACCAAUGCCCAAAGUGUACCAGGGUAUUCCGUCACCUGGAGAACUACGCCAACCAUUUAAAAAUGCACAAACUCUUUAUGUGUCUACUCUGCGGCAAGACUUUCACUCAGAAAGGCAAUCUUCAUCGACACAUGCGUGUACAUGCCGGAAUUAAACCUUUCCAGUGUAAAAUCUGUGGGAAAACCUUUUCUCAGAAGUGUUCCUUACAGGACCAUCUUAACCUUCACAGUGGAGAUAAGCCCCAUAAAUGUAACUAUUGUGACAUGGUUUUUGCACAUAAGCCAGUGUUGAGGAAACACCUUAAACAGUUGCAUGGCAAAAACAGCUUUGAUAAUGCCAAUGAGAGGAGUGUGCAAGACCUCACAGUGGAUUUUGACUCUUUUGCAUGUACAACAGUCACAGACUCUAAUUGUCAGCCACAACCUGAUGCAACACAGGUCCUGGAUGCAGGUAAACUGACCCAAGCUGUCCUCAGCUUAAGGAGUGACAGUACAUGUGUAAAUUGAACAGGGCUCAGUGCUGACAGCCAGAGCUGACAGAGUAUGGCAGUAAUCUCUGAGCCUUUUUAGAAGUCACUUGGUAGUUUCUUCUACAAAGCCUCCAAGCAGGUGGUAGUGAGUGAGUUGAAGCACUAGCAGACCAGGUGCUGUGGCUUUGCUUUCCCUUGGCCCUCUCCUGGUUCUCUUUUGAGUUAUUUAACCUGUGAUGUUUGUUUUCCUUUUCGAAGGAAUAAUUCCAUUUGUCUACCUAGUGUUGAUAUAUGUCUUAGACUGACACUAUUUUACAUUUUUACCAAGCACAUUCUGAAGGUACCAACAAAUAACAUUAUCUACUUCCUACUAAUAAAUGCUGUGUUUAGGAAAGUUAAUAUUUUUCCUUGGGGGCGGGGGGAAUGAGGCUGGGAUAGGAGGUGAUAACUGCUGUUGACCUAAAUAUGUGAUGGGGUUUCUGUUUGUCUGCUGUGAUUCAGCUAAGGCUGACGAGUGAAUCUUCUCCCUGGCAUUUGUACUUUUUUGGAGCUGCUGUGGAAAAGUGUGUAGGUUUGUACUUUAAACACUAACUGCCCACUGAAAUUUCCUUAUAACCCAGAAUACAAUAUUUUCAGCAACUUCUGCAAAUAAAGUAGGAACUGCCAUGGGGAGGAUAAUCAGUAAAUGAGAGAAAUGUAAUAAAACACAGUGGGUAAAUGGAAGGCUUCCUAAGUAUUAGGACCUAACAAGAGGCCAGCUGCUUGCAUAUGUGUCCUGUUGAUGCUUUUGUAAUUGGAAGUGCUUUAGGCAUACUUAUGUGCGCUAAAGAAUAAUGGACUAUGUUGGAGUCUAAACUAUGACUAUACAUAAGAAAGGUACGUUCGGCCAUUACUUGUCCAGUAUAGAGUUAAUGUCUCUGGUCUUUUCACGUGUACCUUCAUCUUGGAAUUGAUGAAAAAAAUUAAAUGUGAUACAGAGGAACUACCAGAAAUUUUGCAUUUAGAGGUACACAGUACACUGUCCACUUUUGCUACCUGUGAUAGUUUAUCUUGAAGUAAAUUUUAGACAUUAGUUUGAGCCUGCUUCUUACCCAAGGGUUACAGUGAGGUGAUAUGAUUGCUGGAGAACUUAGAAACUCUCAGAAGAUGGCUUAUACUAUCUCUAUUUUUUAAAAUAGGGGCAUUUAGAGUCAAACAGGUAGGCUGGCCACCACUGACCCAAAUAUACCUGACUAAAUAGGAAUCAUUAUCCCCAGUACAUCUCUUCCACUAUACCUUGGCUUUAACAGAUGGGAACAGUAACACAUUAACAGAAACUUUCCCGUUUUGUUCCACUAUUGUAUAUUCAUCCCUUUGACUUAGAGACAGACAAGACUUCACCAACAUGAUGUCACAGAAGGACUUGUGAGAAUCACUUUUUAAACUUUAUUUUAUUUUGGUGGCUUGUACCUGUAAUCUCAGAAUUUACAAAGUUAGAGGAGAGUUGCCUGGGCUAUAGAGUGAGGCUGAGGCCCUCCUUCAAAAGACCUAAAUAAAUACAGUUAUUUUAUGGUAGUGGUGCUGGAAGUUGAACCCAGUGACUAUACUAUUUCUAAAUGACUGACUGUUUUGGCUAUUAAAGGAAGGGUAAGUUUGAAUAAUGUAAAAAUGGUCCAAAUAUGAAACUGAUUUUGUCUAAGAAAUGUUAUUUCCACUGGCCUUCUGUUUUUAUUUCUAAGCUAUGAGAGUACAUGGACAGAUAAUCCAAAAAUUAAAAUUAACAUAAUUGAUAUAUUUACAUAUGGCUCAGAUUUGAGGUAUAAUUUCCACUAAAUAGUUAAAUAUGAGUACAGUCAGCUAAUAUGACUGCUGGGUGCUUUAUGCCCAAAAUUAGUCAAUGAAUGGCCUAAUAAUGCUUCCUAGCAUUCUGAUUUUUUUCAUGAUUCAUUCAAAGAGCACCAAUUCUAUGCAACAAUGAGACUCUACUCAUUCAAUGGUUAAAAUAUUUUCUCUGAACAUCAUUUUAAGAUGGUGGGGUUCCAUAUGCUUUUUCUUGUCCAGUUACUGUUCAUAGUUUGAAGACUUAAAAACAGCAUGGAUUCAAAUAAUACUUGUCUCUCUGCUUGGUUGGAGGCUAUUUCUUGACUUAUUUCAGUCACUCAGAGGCGCUUUUUUUGCCCCUUUUUUAAUGCUGGAGAGUUUGAAACCAAGUCCUCAUAUAUGUUAAGCAUGCACUCUAGUACCAAGCUACUCCCACAGCCUUAAGAAAUAUUGGUAACCAACUGGAAUUUCCAGGUACUAUGUUAUAUUCUGAAAAUGGGAGGUAAUAUUGCUAUAGUCCCUGUUCUUAUAGGGCUCACAGUGUCAAGUGAUUUUAGUGAGAUGAGGUCUCGAGUUUAUGUCCUAACUAGAAUAAAUUUGCCUUUUUUUUUUCAUCAUUUAAAACAGUGUUUCUCAACCUGUAGAUCGUGACCCCUUUGGGGAGGGGUUGCCUAAACUAAGACCAUAGGAAUUUUUUGUUUACAUUAUGAUUUAUUUACAUUAUAAUUCAUAAUAGUAGCAAAAAUGAUGAAAUGAUGAAAAUAAUUUUGUUGUUGGGGUCAGUACAGCAUAAGGAACUGUAUUAAACGAUCACAGUAUUAGGAAGGUUGAGAACCACUGACUUAAAGUCGGCUUUCUUAGGGUUUUUUGUUAGUAAAAUUUUUGGUUCUAUUUGCAAGUGCAAACCACUUAACUAAUUUGUGAUCUCCAGUUCUUGGCUGGAGAGGCCUUAUUUUUGGUGAUAUAUUUAAUUUUGGUGGACUUGGGUUCUUUGCUUACAUGUUUCCCAGAUUUUAAAGCAAAGAGAAAGCACAAAUGUUUUAUUGUGGAAGAAGAAGGCUUUCUAACACUAGUGAUUAUAUGGAGCAGGGGUGAACCUUAGCUACUCGGCAUUUGGUUUGGUUUGGUUCUUUUCCUUUUCCUUUUCCUUUUCCCUUUUUUUUGAGGCAGGAUCUUACUAUGUAGCCUUUGCUGCCUCUGCUCCCCGGGCCUGGGAUCAAAGGUAUGUGCCACCAUACCAGUGUGUUAUAAGGAUUCCUAGGAAAACUUCAAAAGGAAGCUAUUGUAGCUUGUUUUUUUUUUUAAUUACUGUUAUUUAUUUAUUAUGUUAUUUAAUUAUGAAAACAAGCUCCAAACUGAAGUGGCUCUGAGGUAAAUCAGGUGUGAUUUUUGCAUUAGUUUAGAAAAUAUGUAAGUGAAAGGUGACUAAUGUUACCAUUUCUAAAAUAUUGUCCUAAACAAACAACUUAGAACAUUUUAUUUCAGCUCAUGAAUGGCUGUUCUAAAUCUGUUGUAUGUUAGACAUACUCUGAACUACCUCUUUACUUAAUGGGGAAGUUUCCUUAAUAAAAGUUUGACAAUUAACUU